AUGGAGUCUCUCAAAGCAGUGUUUUUCGGGCCGGACCCCGCUGCGCAGAUGAGAAAAUGCAAUAGCCUCAUCCGAAGCAAUGCGCGAAAGCUAGACAGGGACAUUGCCCAGCUCAAAGCUCUCGAGGCCAAGACGAAACAAUACAUCGUGGCUGCGUCGCGACGGGCAGAGCGCAACCCAUCUCAGGCGGCACAGGCAGCGAAGGAGACCCGCACAUUUGCCAGGGAGAUGGUGCGGAUCAGAAAACAGAGCAGCCGGCUGAUGACGAGCAAGGCUCAGCUGGAAAGUGUGAAGAUGCAGGUUGACGAGGCCUUUUCCGUGCGCAAGAUUGAGGGGAGUCUUCGGGCGUCGACGGGGAUCAUGAAGAAUGUCAACCAUCUUGUCCGGUUGCCUGAGCUUACGGCGACGAUGCAACAGUUAAGUAUGGAACUGGUAAAGGCGGGGAUAAUCGAGGAACUGGUCGACGAUAUGAUUCCCCAAGACCAGCUGCUAGAGGGAGAAGAGGAAGAGGCCGACACUUUCCGUAGGAAGUCGUGGAUUUUCGCGGUUGUCCUUUUUGAUUUUACUUUGUAA